AUAUAUCCUUAAAUAUAUUAUAUCUCUAGGUUGUGUGUAUACUCUGUGGAGAGCCUGGAGCUGGUAGCCAGCUUAUCUCAGCUCGGAUUGAAGGGUGACGUAAGGUUUGCUGUAUUGGAGAAUGGGAAGGUUGCAGUUAAAGCUGAUCUCCAGGUUGCUGAAGGAGCUGAAGGAGAAUAUACCUGGGGAAUCUAUGAAUUCCCCAUAGAUUACACAGAGGAAGAUUACUGUCACAGUAGAUUCUUGGGUCGAAAACCUCGGAUAAAUCUGGAGGAUAUGGUUGGUAAACUUAUCCUACCCAGUGAGUCCCCUGUUAUACUACAGAUGGACGAGGUUGUCCUCAUGGGAGAAGGAAGUAUCUGGGGGACAAGUCUGGUCCUGGAGGGACCCAGCAGGGUUCGAAUCUGUGCAACUAUUCUCCCGGAGGGGGACGGAGUGCGGGAGAAGAUUGCAGAGGCAAGGUUUACGUCUCCGGUAGCAGGUUCGAUCUUCUUCCAUACACUUAGUGAUGGGGAGAAAAUAGAGACGAAAAUAUUCAGCAACCUGUAUAAUGUUGUUCAAGGCAAGAGCACGGAUCAUGGUUGGCAAAUCUUCAUAACUGAUAUUCUUGGAGCCAACAAACAACGAUCAAGUUGUAAUUUUCUCCAGAUCAUUUACGAUCCUGACAGCAAGGACAGUUCGGACUGUUCUCAGGACUCCCCGGAGAACUGUAAGAGCGGAGAUCUGACCGGAAAGUUUGGCAAGGUUCGGGCUGGAAAGGAGGAGAGUAUGUUCACCAAGAAAUAUUUAACGGAUCGAAACCUUGUUUUCCCUGAGCUAGAGGGUACCCGGAGCCUUUACCUCGCACUCUAUGACCCGGAGCAGGAGAAUAACUACUACGCCUGUGCUCAGAUCCACGAACUCAACCCUAGGGUUGGAAAGGCAAGAUUUAGACACGAGGGUAUCUCCGGUCACAUCACACUCAUGCAGAGAUCUAUAUUCCAUCCUGUAGUAUCCGAGGUUAGUCUGGCAGGAUUAUCCGGAGAGGCGGGGAGUUAUCAUAUCCAUGAGUAUCCGGUUCCACCCCGGAGGAAACCUGAAGAUGCUCCCUGUGGACAAACCGGACAGCAUUACAACCCUUUCAAUAUUGAUAAAUCCAUGAGUCCUCCCUCCAGCCUAGGAACCAGUGAUCAGUACGAGGUCGGAGAUCUGAGCGGAAAAUACGGAGAUCUUCAAAAUAAAACUAAGAUGGCAGGAGUGUUUGUAGAUCCGGCUCUGGUUCUCUUUGGAUCCAGGAACGUGGUAGGACGGAGUAUAGUUAUCCAUCAUUCUCCUGUACCUGACCGUUGGGUGUGUGCUAACAUAGAACUAGUGGACUCGGAGAUGUUAACGGCGGUAGCAAAGUUUGUAUAUCCUAUAGCUGGUCGGAUCAUAUUUAGACAGAAUAUCAAGGAUCCGCUCUCCGAUACAUUCAUUUACGUCGAGGGACUCCUCUACAGCGACGGGAGCAAGAACAAGACGGAGGGGCACAAGUGGCAUGUUCAUCAAGAUAUCCCGGGGAAAGAUUUCUUUAACUGGACGGGUAGAUGUCUCAGCGCUGGAGAUCAUUUUAAUCCUUACCAACUCAAUCUAGAAGACAGUGUCUACAAGUACUGUGAGAAGGAUAAGAAAGCGUCCCGAUGUGAGGUGGGGGACCUGGAGCAUAAACACGCUCUGCUAGCAGUUGCAGGACGGAGAAUAGAUAUCUCCGAAACCCGGAGGUUUUUUACAGACUCCAACCUGCCCUUAGCGGGGCCAGCUUCUAUUCUUGGACACUCCCUGCUCCUUCAUGAUGAUAAUGCUCCAGAACACAGAGGGAACAGGAUGGCCUGCACGGCUAUACGUCGUCUUUACAGACAUAAGGCUGUUGCUCGAGAAUGGUUUGGGAACGGUUUUCCUCCUCCAGUUCAAGGACGGUUGGAGUUUAUCCAGGAUACGGAGAUGAGUGAAACCCAUUCUCUGGUAGAGCUGGAGGGUAUGGAGAAGUUUGCCAGUACUUAUCACAUUCAUGAGAUAUCUGUCCAACCCCAGCUUGAGUUUGCUUGUAGCGGAGAUGCGGUUGGGCCUCAUUUCAAUCCUUGGAGGUUUGAUCCGACCGUAAGUCCUCCGGAGGGACAGGGUACACCAGACCAAUACGAGGUCGGAGAUCUCAGUGGGAAGUAUGGUUCUCUGGAUGGUAAGAUGAGUCUUAGAGAAAUCCACAAUGACACCAAUCUCCCGAUGUUUGGAUCAAAAUCGAUCGUCGGACGAUCCAUCGUGAUCCAUAAAAAGUACAAGGGUGAGAGAUGGGCUUGUAGUAGUAUAGGUUGGGGCUGGGAUCCCGAUGAGGCGACACAGAUUACAGCCAUUGCAUCCUUCCAUCAUCCCAAUGGAUUUGCCUGGGGAUAUAUCAGGUUUAGUCAGGUAGUGUACAAGGACGGGAGCAGUACAGAUACAGCUAUAGAGGUUCGGCUCAAAUACCCUGGCAAAACCAACCGUGAUGAAACCCAAAACCAUCGGUGGUCGGUUUACGUCAACCCUGUGGGACACGAUGCAUCCGUAAAAUUUGUCCGAGCUCGGUGUACAGCAGCAGGAUAUAGAUGGAACCCAACCUUUAUACAACUAGCGGAUCCUAACGAUCACGGGUUCUACAGUGACGAAUGUAGUCCGGAUGUACCGUUGAGAUGCGAGGUAGGAGAUCUGUCCGGGCGCCAUGGGAAAAUCAACGUCGGAGGUAAAGCGAAUGUUUUCAGUGAUUCCAACCUUGCUCUGGACGGGGACUGGUAUAACUCAGCACUUGGGAAAUCAAUCGUGAUCCACGCUCCCGACGGUUCUCCGGAUAUAAUGGCGUGUGCAAACAUUGAACCAGACCAGGAUAUAAUCAAAUACGCUGUCAUUCAAACCUUGCCUGGUUUUAAUCUUGCAAAUUUCAUCGAAGAGGUCCAGGGCGUCAUGGGUGUUCCGGACUGGUAUUUGUUCACGGACGUGAGAGAAACAAAGAUUUUGCAUGAAGGACGCUGUAUCCAAGUCCUUCUACACUUCAGGGGACCUCAUGCUGGUAAACUAGAGCAGGACUUUUCUAAACUGAUUCGAACUGGUUCUCUGGAUACUCCCAGUCUAGAUAUACCUGGAUAUUUUCCUCCGGUCCAAAGGAAAACCAAGAUUGGAUACAAGGAGUGCGGGAGCAGAGAUAUUAACAAGCAAACCUCCUACAGCAGUGAUUUUAGGAGCGGAGAAACUAAACCAGUACCUGGAGCUAUCAUUCUUCUUAUCCUUGCAGUUAUCUCUAGUUUAUCCAUCUUAUAAUCACAAACAACCCUUAUUCAUUCAGCUAAAGAAAUCAUAUAGUCAAAGUCUCCUCCUAUUAAAUAUUAUAUUUAUGUUAUAAAUGAAGUGUGUGUAUAGUAUGCUUGGUUUUAUGAAAUGACUCCGUGCCAUGUAAUGACGAACAGGGACAUCUUGCUGUAAGGUGUUGGUUGAGUGAGAUCUAGAACCAAUUCUGUGAAGACUGUUAUUUUACUUAUCACAAUAAAUUGUUAGAAUAUAUAAAAGUAAUUCUAA